AUGAGUGAAGCUGAUGAUAUCCAUUUCCCAUGUCAGUACGUUGACAGAACAUUUACAAUAGCGAUUGAUAUUGGUGGUACGUUAGCUAAAGUCGUAUUUUCACCAAUUGAUAGUCACGACCUCAAGUUUUACACUGUAGAAACAGAGAGAAUUCAAAAAUUCGUUAAGCUAUUGCAUUCAAUUGUUGAUGAAUACAAUGGCGGACAGUACGACAAUGUUAGGAUUAUAGCUACAGGCGGUGGUGCAUACAAAUUUUACGAUCUUUUGACUAAAGAAUUCCCCAAAGUUAGAGGUAUUAAAAGGCUAGAUGAAAUGCAAUGUCUCAUCAAAGGGUUGGAUGCAUUUAUUCACGAGAUUCCCGACGAAGUUUUCACUUACAGUGAUCAAGAUGGUGCCAAGGAUGUGCGACUGCCGCCAGAAGAUUCUACGCAGACAUACCCUUAUAUCCUGGUAAAUAUUGGAUCUGGUGUUUCCAUUCUAAAAGUUGAUGCUCCGUCGACAUUCACACGUGUUGGUGGUUCUUCACUUGGUGGUGGUACACUCUGGGGGUUAUUAUCUUUGAUAACAGGGGCCCAAACCUAUGAUCAAAUGUUAGAUUGGACUCGUGAAGGUGACAAUUCAAAUGUUGAUAUGCUCGUUGGCGAUAUUUAUGGAAACGAUUACGGCAAAAUUGGUUUAAAAUCUUCUAACAUUGCAAGUUCGUUUGGUAAGGUAUUUCAAAACAGAAGAAACAGCGUCAGUCGUCCCAAUUCUACGAGUUCUGCGUUGAGUAAUAAUCACAGUCAUGCUGCAGGUCCUAGCACAACAUCACAUGCAGAGAUAGCUAAUAGAAACAAAAGAUUCAAAAAUCCUGAUAUUUGCAAAAGCCUUCUCUACGCAAUUUCUAAUAACAUUGGUCAAAUUGCAUAUUUGCAAGCUAAAGUGCAUAACAUUCAAAAUAUUUAUUUCGGCGGUUCUUACAUUAGAGGGCAUUUAACCACUAUGAACACACUAAGUUAUGCAAUUAAUUUUUGGUCUCAAGGUACAAAGCAGGCUUUUUUCCUCAAGCAUGAAGGUUACUUGGGUGCUAUGGGGGCGUUCUUGGAUCGCUAA